UACCCCAAAUCCACAAACCCCACUUGCAAUUUCUCCCCCAUCUCCCAUCACUCACUCUCUCUUUCGUCUUCCUCGCCUGCGAAGCAACAAGAAACUGCAAAAAUUCCUUCUUAAUUCCCAGAAUUUUCAAAAAACAAUCUCUGAAAGUUUCGGUUUUGAUGAGUUCGGCUGAGAAAAGGAGACAAAUCUCUUGAGUGCAAUGUGAGGAUCAACGAAUAAGAAGAAGAAGAGCUAUAAUGGUAGCUGGAGUAAUCUCCGGCACUGAACCAAGAAACCCACCUCGAGAUCGACCCAACAAUGUCGGAAGCGGACAAAGAAGACCAACAAGAGGCAAACAGGUCCCCUCUCGUUACUUAUCUCCUUCCCCUUCUCACUCCCUCUCCUCCUCCUCCACCACCACCACCACAACAACCUCAUCCUCUUCCUCCUCCGCCAUUCUCAAGACAACUAAACGACACCCAUCUCCCUUGCUCCCUCGCCCUACAAACUCCGCUUCUAAUCCCAUCAAAACGCCGUCGUUAUUACCUAAACGCUCGCAAUCGGUGGACCGUCGCCGACCCUCGGCGGCUCCGGCCGAAGUGUCGGCGGCGACGAAGAUGCUCAUUACUUCCACUCGGAGCUUGUCUGUUUCUUUCCAAGGCGAAGCCUUUUCGCUUCCCGUUAGCAAAAAGAAGGAAGCUUCUCCGCCGGUUUCUCACCGGAGAUCGACGCCGGCGAGAGAUCAGAGGGAGAACUCGAAGCCGGUGGAUCAGCAUCGCUGGCCCGGAGCUUCCCGGAGAGGAAAGUCCGAACCUUUGGGGCCGAAUCCGCUCUCGAGGUCGCGCAGUUCUGUGAUUGGUGUUAGUCCUCCUAGGGUUUCUAUUAAUGGAAGGUUGAGUUUAGAUGUGGAAAGUGGAAGAAGAAGAAGACCAAACAAUGGUUUAUUAACCUCUAGUGACGUCACUGCUUCUGAUACUGAUAGUGUUUCUUCUGGUAGCACUAAUGGAGAAGUCAUCAAGUCAAGGAGCUUGUCUCGUAACGUUAUGGCUUCUCCUAGCUUCUGGCAAGAGACUAAUACCCGGUUAAGACGGUUGCAGGAUCCUGGUUCGCCUAGUGUAUCAUCUCCUCGUGGUAUGGCUUCUUCUCCUGUAAGAGGUGGUGCUGCUGCUAUUCGCUCUGCUUCACCGAGUAAGCUUUGGGCUACUACUACUGCUACUUCUCCAGCUAGGGCUCUUUCGAGUCCUUGUCGAGUGUCUGAUCAGAUGAAUGGUUAUAAUAACCGCAAGGACACGCCUUCGAUUCUUAGUUUCUCUGCUGAUAUUAGGAGAGGGAAGAUUGGGGGAGAUCGUGUUGUGGAUGCACAUUUGCUGAGGCUUCUGUAUAACCGUUACUUGCAGUGGAGGUUUGUUAAUGCGAGAGCAGACUCUGCUUUAAUGGUGCAAAGAUUGAACGCAGAGAAAAACCUGUGGAAUGCAUGGGUAUCAAUCUCGGAACUGCGCCACAGCGUUACAUUAAAGAGAAUCAAGUUACUUUUGCUAAAGCAGAAACUGAAACUGGCUUCUAUUCUGAGGGGACAGAUGGGAUAUCUGGAAGAGUGGUCUCUUCUGGACAGAGAUCAUUCAAGUUCUUUGUCUGGAGCAACCCAAGCAUUGAAAGCCAGCACGCUUCGUCUACCUAUUGUUGGAAAAACGGUGGUUGAUAUCAAAGACCUUAAGCAUGCAGUUAGUUCAGCUGUUGAUGUAAUGCAAGCUAUGUCAUCUCCCAUAUUCUCGCUUACUUUGAAGGUUGAUGAAAUGAAUUCUGUAAUGGUGGAAACGGUGAAUGUAACUGCAAAGGAAAAGGUUUUGCUUGAAAGAUGUCAAGGUUUCUUAUCAAGAGUAGCAGCAAUGCAGGUUACAGACUGUAGCGUGAAGACGCACAUAAUACAACUAAGACCAAUCACAAGCAGCUUGACUUCAUGACUCUAGAAAAACUGAUCUUCCUCAAGAGAAUAUAUUUGUUCUUUUUGACUACAACAACAACAAUUCUCACCAAGAACAAAUUUGCUAACACGGGGCCUUUUUCUUCCUCGAAUCUCGACCUUAUCGUUUUCAAACCAAGAUUAAGGAUGAGGUUCGCGGGUUUAUUGCCGCCAUCUCUGUCUCUCUCUUGCUUCUCGUAGUUUUACGUUUGUUUUUUAUGUAAGUUUGCAGGUAAUUCCUCUAAAGUAAGCUUAGUUUUGUAUACAAAAGUUCUCUUCUUGUGUACAUAUAACAGAUGUAGUAAUGUGAUGAAUCACUGAUUUUGCCUUUCCUUUUCUUUUUUGUUAUAGACUUGUUGCCGUUUUUAUAA